UGCUUUUUCCCACCGGAGACAGGGCUGUUCUGAAGGGCUUAGUCCUGGACACUAGGGUGCCACGAACGCGCUGAUGCCCGGAGUGCUCGCAGGGCUUCCAGCUAACCAUGCCGCAGCAGCCCGCAGCUGCCACGGCGCCGCCCUCGCUGCUCCUGCUGCUGCUGCUGCUGCUGCUGCUGCUGCGGACGCCGCCCCCGACAGGCGCACGGCCGUCCCCAGGCCCCGAUUACCUGCGGCGCGGCUGGCUGCGGCUGCUGGCGGAGGGCGAGGGCUGCGCUCCCUGUCGGCCAGAAGAGUGCGCCGAGCCGCAGGGUUGCCUGGCCGGCCGGGUGCGCGACGUGUGCGGCUGCUGCUGGGAAUGCGCCAACCUCGAGGGCCAGCUCUGCGACCUGGACCCCAGCGCCCACUUCUACGGGCGCUGCGGCGAGCAGCUUGAGUGUCGGUUGGACGCGGGCGGCGACCUGAGCCGCGGAGAGGUGCCGGAGCCUCUGUGUGCCUGCCGCUCUCAGCGCCCGCUCUGCGGGUCGGACGGCCGCACCUACGCGCAGAUCUGCCGCCUGCAGGAGGCGGCCCGCGCUCGGCCUGACGCCAACCUCACGCUGGCGCACCCGGGGCCCUGCGAAUCCGAGCCCCAGAUUGUGUUGCACCCGUAUGACGUUUGGAACGUGACGGGGCAGGAUGUGAUCUUUGGCUGCGAGGUGUUUGCCUACCCCAUGGCAUCCAUCGAGUGGAGGAAGGACGGCUUGGACGUUCAGCUACCCGGGGAUGACCCCCACAUCUCAGUGCAGUUCAGGGGUGGACCCCAGAGGUUUGAGGUCACAGGCUGGCUGCAGAUCCAGGCUGUGCGUCCCAGCGACGGAGGUGUCUACCGCUGCCUGGCCCGCAAUGCCCUGGGCCAGGUCGAGGCUCCAGCUAGCCUGACAGUGCUCACGCCAGACCAGCUGAACUCCACAGGCAUCCCCCAUGUUCCAUCCAUGCCUCUGAUUCCUGGGGAGGAGGCUGCGAGUGAAGAGGGCGAGGAUUACUACUAGGGCUGCAGCCCCGGCCUGUGGGGGUGCGUGAGUGGGGAGAGUAUUCAUCCCUGCUCUUGAAAAGACCUGGAAGGGGGAGCAGGGCCCUUUCAUUGCUUUGGUGCCCUUAAUAGGGGGAACACGGUGGUGGUUAAGUAGGGAGACAAAAGUUGGCAGAGGGCAGGGAGAGAGGCAGACGCUCGGGAAAGUGGGAAGCAAAGAGGCCUAUGGAGGAGGUGUCCUGGCCAGGACAGCCUCCAGCAUAGACCAACCAGGCAGAAGACAGCAGCUGCCUCCUGGUCGCUAGGCUGGGAGGAAGUAUCAGGGAAGGGGGUUGCAGAGGAAACACAAAGAGGCAGCCGGGAUCCUCCACUUCUUCCUGAUAACCUUCCCUCCAGCCCUCUUCAGCCAGUCUUCUGAACUACCCUUUGCCACAGCUCCUACUGUUAUUUUUCUAGUCCCUAACCUUGGCCUAGCCUCAGUUUUCCCUUCCUCAAAACUCACCUUCUAGAAAUUUCUCCCCUCACCUAAGUUCUAAUUGCACUUACUAACAGCAGUCCUCUUUGCUGUUGGCCAUCUGUGGUCUGGAAAAGCAUAAUGGAGCACGGUUUAGGCCAGUGCAUUAAGAUGGGCAUUUGGUCAUGUCUAACUUCUGUCCUUCUGGAAAAUUUGAGGCCAGGACCAUAUCUUAUACCACUCUGUAUUGGACACUGCCUAGCACAGGACUAGGCACAGUAGGCAUGCAAUAAAGAUUUAUGAACAAACUGAGA